UCCACUGGAUCAACAGGCUGUUGAGGCUCACUUGAGCCACUUCCAGGCCAAAUGUGGAGAGGACCAGCAUGGAGGCAGGCCAACAAGAAAUCUAGCUGUCCACCGACGGCUUCGAGACUCACAGAGAAACUCCUAUUUGGGCUUUAGGACAAACCCGGCCCAAGGCCGGGACAGAGCUGGACGGGUCAGUGAUUCACCCCAAUCCAUCCGUCUCCCAGCCGCCCUCCGGAGCCGAGCUUCAUCGUCCCCGCGUCGUCCUUUGAAGCGGACGGGACCCGGACAGGGGCUUCGGGGCGAAAUACUUUCGGGCCCGCUCGUUCCAGCCGGGUGGAGAUCCGUGAUCCCGGACAGCCGACGGAGAGGCGGACCUGGCGGACCCCAGGGUCCUCUAGACCAUAAGCCCGUUCACGUGUCCGGCUCUGUUGCCUCGGCCUCUCCCAAGCGCUUAAUACAGCGCUCUGCACACAGGAAGCGCUCAAUAAACGCAGUUGAGGAGAGGAAAAACUCUUCGUCUACCGCCCCGAAAUUCCUCACGCCGCCGAUUGUUUUGUAACCAGCCUGUUGGUUGGGGCUGAGUUUUAUCAAUCAGUGAGGGGUAUUUCUUGAGCACUGUACUGAACACUUUGGCAGAGCAGCGCUAGAGAAGACGAUCCCCGCUUUGAAGACUGGCACAGUUUAGCAGGGCAGGGACUCUAACCGUCAUGUUAAGGUAAAGCAGAGAAGCUCAGUGCUGAACAUGCUAAAGAGGUUAGACAAAAUAAGGUUCAGAGGUCACAAGAGAGAUGACUUCCUCGAUCUAGCCGAGUCUCCGAACGCUUCAGACAACGAGUGUGGAGAUGAGAUUCCCCUGAAGAUCCUUCGGACGGCCGCCAGAGACCACGAGGAGCUGAGAGACCCUGCUGGUACGGGGACCAUCAUCAUGGCGUCGGGGGUCCAGGAUUUUAACCGAACCGAGUCGGACAGAUUAAACGAGAUCAAAGGUCACCUGGAGAUCGCCUUACUGGAAAAACACUUUUUGCAGGAGGAGCUCAGGAAGCUGAGGGAGGAGACCAACUCAGAAGUGCUAAAGCAAGAACUGGAAAAGGAGCGACAGAGGAGAUUAGAACUAGAACAGAAAUUCCACGAAGUUCUGAAGGCAAGAACGGAGGAGCAGACAGUCCCGCAACCACAGCCCGCGAAAGGACCUGCCCAAGUCAACAACGGAACAGAUAAACGCAGCCAGAGGAUGUGUUCGCGAGUUCAGAAGUGGUUCUACGAGAAAUUCGGGGAGUACGUGGAAGAUUUCAGGUUCCAGCCUGAAGAGAACACCGUGGAAACCGAAGAGCCCCUCAGUGCCAGAAGAUUAACUGAAAACAUGAGACGACUAAAGCGAGGUGCCAAGCCUGUUACUAAUUUUGUGAAGAACCUCUCCGCCUUAUCAGACUGGUACUCUGUCUACACUUCUGCUAUUGCCUUUAUUGUCUACAUGAACGCCGUGUGGCAAGGCUGGGCCAUCCCCAUGUUCCUCUUUUUAGCGAUUCUGAGGCUGUCCUUGAAUUACCUCAUAGCCAGGGGCUGGCGGAUACAGUGGAGUAUCGUCCCUGAAGUCUCAGAAGCCGUGGAACCUCCAAAGGAAGAUCUGACGGUGUCAGAAAAGUUUCAGCUCGUACUAGAUGUAGCACAAAAAGCCCAGAACCUGUUUGGCAAGAUGGCCGACAUCCUGGAAAAAAUCAAGAACUUGUUCAUGUGGGUCCAGCCAGAAAUCACCCAGAAGCUAUACAUUGUCCUGUGGGCCACUUUCCUCGCAUCCUGCUUCUUCCCCUACAGGAUCGUUGGACUCGUCGUGGGACUCUAUGCCGGAAUCAAGUUCUUCCUCAUCGAUUUCAUCUUCAAACGCUGCCCCAGACUGCGAGCUAAGUACGACACCCCCUAUAUCAUCUGGACGAAUUUACCCACUGACCCUCAGCUCAAAGAACGGUCCCUCGCCGCUGUGUCUCGGAGGUGUGGUGGUCAACACCAGACGGGCUACUCCAACAGGGGUCUGACCAGUGUGGCAUCUAAUGGAAAGCUCCAGACGGCAUCAUCCCGGAGCUACGUGGGCGCCAGCGCCCCGCCGGGCAUGAGCAAGGAUGAAGACGCGGGUCGUUUCCACGGUACCAAAAAGGGCAACUUCCACGAGAUCUUUAACCUGACGGAAAACGAGCGGCCUUUGGCAGCGUGUGAAAACGGUUGGCGAUGCUGCUUAAUUAACAGAGACAGGAAGAUGCCAACAGACUACAUCAGGAACGGAAUUCUCUACGUGACGGAAAAUUACCUGUGCUUCGAAAGCUCGAAAUCUGGCUCAUCGAAGAGAAAUAAAGUUAUUAAACUGAUGGAUAUUACGGACAUUCAGAAGUACAAAGUGCUGUCUGUUCUUCCCGGGUCGGGCAUGGGGAUUUCAGUCUCUACACCGUCCACCCAGAAACCGCUAGUGUUCGGUGCCAUGGUACACAGAGACGAAGCUUUUGAGACCAUUUUCAGCCAAUACAUGAAGAUCACAUCGGCAAUAUCUGGCGGCGAAAGCUAGUAUCCACCUGCUGGAGAUCUGAAAGACUUUGGGGUUUGCUUGGUUUUUUGGGCGGGGAGAGAGUUGGGGGUUUAUUUGUUUGGUUUUUUUUUUACAAUUUGGUAGUGGAAAAAAAGAAAUCGGACCUCCUUACGAUCAAUCUCUUUUGCAAUAAUUUUCCUUUUUCCAUCGUUCAUAGUCUCUGCUACUAUGUGAGCCUAUUUUAUACAGGCCUUCCCGUUUGUUUUUAGGAUGUUUGUAAAAAGUGCUUUCACCACUCUUCGCCUUGCACAGCGAGCACUUUUAACGUUCAUUUUCUGACAUCGAAGGCCGGGAAGAUCCUCGGAGAGCCAACGGAACGGGGCGGAACCGGCACCCGAUCGCAGUUUCCUUUUUCUGAAGCCAGCGUGCUUCCGUGAAGGUUUUAAGCUGAGAUGGUGCACAUCCAACGUGAACCCCAAGGCCAACGGUCAGCCUGAACCUCUCGGUCCUCCUGCUUCCCUGGACUCUGCGUAGCCCCUCGCUGUGGACCCGGGGGCGUGGAGAAUAGGGAUGGUGUAAAGGAAGCUGUUAAUCCCCCACGUGAAGUGUAUUUGCAUUUCUCUGGGAGGUCCUGGAAUGACCUUGGGUCAGGUGGAGAGGAUGAUAAUAAUAAUGAUGGUAUUUGUUAAGCGCUUACUAUGUGCCGAGCACUGUUCUAAGCGCUCAUGGCAUCUACACUGGACGGGGGCCGGGGGGAAAGACUGUGGAAAGGUGAGCGGAGUGAAGACACACCUCCUCGUGUGUAGAAGUGUUUUGAGGGUCUCUUGUCAGCAAUCUCGCCAUCCCUAACAAAAGAAUCAAUCAGUUGUAUUUAUUGAGCUCUUACUGGGGGCAGAGCACUGGACGGAGCGCUCGGGAGAACACGACGCAGCGGAGUUGGUAGACGCCUUCCCUGCCCACCGCCAGCUUACAGUCUAGAAGAAGGAACUCUUGCCAAAUAAAGACGUAUUGUAAGUUGAGUCAGAACCUCUCCCGGGCAAGGCCCAUUCCCUCUCUCUCUCGCCCCAGUCACCUUCCGUUUUCUUCUCGGGUGGCAGCUGACCGACGGCCAGUUACCUCGUCGCGUUUGACCACCGGGAAGGAACUGAGUCUGAGGGGGUUCGGGCCGGGGUGACCCCCACCAUCUUGGUUCCCAAGGGAUGGAUCCGUUUCGGGCCGGCAGCGCCUGACUUUGGUGCCGUUUCUGCCGUAAUCCCACCUACGAGGAGGUUCUUUCUCCCAGGCCUUCCCCCGAGGCAGCCUCCACCCCUGCUACAGCUCCCGAUUACCUCACGUUUGCCCUUUGCACCCGAGGAGAGAUACCAGAGAGUCAGAGAAUAACUCGACCCUUAAGGUCGAGGUGUUGGUGUUGGCUCCGUUGAAAGUCAAUCAGUCGUAGUUACCGAGCGCUUAUCCUACUAUGCGCUUGUUGGAUCAUCCCCUCAAGGCAGGGGUGGUCGUGAGCAGGAGCCUGGGCAUCUUGCGGCCAUGGAAGGGGAUUUCGCCCAGCGGGCUGACCGCGUUGGGAGGGAGGGCGGCCUCCGGGCCGCAGAGGUCGAGCUUGGGGCAGCGCCGGGCCCUGGUUGGCAGCGGUGCGAGAGGUACCCUCAGGCGCCACCACAGCGAGCUCAGCGGAGGGACCGGCGGGGGGGUCCGGGGAGACCCGGGCCAAUCCCCGAAACCACCGGGUUUAGCUUGCGGAUGCCUAGCGUUUCCGCCGACCCGGGGCCGUUCUGGGCAGCUGCCGGUUAAAAUCAGUAGUCGCUCCGGAAAGGGGGCGGAUGUUUCCUGGGAAUGUGGAAGGGAUCCCUCCCACCCUGAAGAGACACCGCUGGUUGAACCAGGAUGACUCUACGGCACAGUGGGCCAGCCCUCAGAAGUUGUCUCGGGCACCGCAGAGAAACAGGAUUUAGAGAAAGAAGUUUCACCACCGGAGUCUUUUAAAAGUCUUUUCGGCCUACAGAAAACUUAGAGCAAACCGUCUCGAUCUCAACUCUGGUUCACCCAGUAUUUCUUCGGUAGUACUUACCAAAACCAACAGCCAGUGUUUGAACUCGUGCCGUCCUGUUGUUUUCUUCUCCCCAAGGCGGUGGAUCAUGUUUUCCAUUUUCAAGAGGCUGCUUGGAGGGGCUAAAGUCAUCGAGGUGAAUCUUGUCGAGUGGUGAUAUGAGCAUUAAAGGGGCUUAAUGUCUCGUUCAUCUCUAAAACCGUCCCUCACCCCUUCAGCUUGUCUUAGUCCUUUGGGUGCUGGUGAGAUCGUUGGUUUUUUUUUUUUUUUGAAGAAACAGAAAAUUAUAUUUUUUACAGAGAGCAAGCAGUUUUUCUUAUUUUUGUAUCAUUUUCGAAUGGAAUUUUUACCUUUCACUCUGAUCCUAAUUUGCCGGCUUGGCGAGAAAUGGGGUAACUGCAUUUACCGCCUCCUUCCCCGACCGGUCGCUUUAGAGUCGUCUCCGUUUCUGGCUCCCGGAAAAGCCUCGCUCUUUCCGCGCGAGCGACAGCCGACGCGAUUAAGCGUAUCCCUCCAAGCCUUCGUCUUUCCCUUGUCCCCGGUCGGGGUUCGGGGAGGCGGGCGUGUUCGGCUCGAAUGAUUCCCGAGUCCACAAAAGAGAGGUCGCUCGGGUGUGGACCUUCGCGAUGAACCCGCACUUUAACCGGGUGGACCGAGCUUACGGACCGCAGCCGCCUCCCCGACCGCCUCACGAUUCGGCGCUACCCUUCCGAACUGGAUUCCCCAGGAGCCGGACCCUGCGUCGUGUGACUAGAAGGCGCGGGUCCAAGGCCAGGUCCACCCUAAGCGAGGCUGUGAGGGGGGGUCCCCGCCGGCCACCCGAGGGGCGCCCGGGCCGGCGUCGGACAGAGGGCUCCGGGAAGGGCGUCGGCUCGGACCACCGAGGUCUCGAUCUCGCUAGGCCCGAGGACGGGGCCGCCCGGCACACCCCCCACGGCGCGUUGCCGAGGGGGCCGCCCGAGCCCCGUUCCCUUGGCGGCCGGGGCGGUCCCGUCCGAUUCCCGUCCUUCCCGUUUCCGGGGUGAUCCGUGCCACUUAGCCAAAAGUGUUAGUUUCCUCAUCGGCCUCUGCGACGGUCGCGUGGGGGUGGAUUUAACUUCUUUCAGAGAAGUGAAGUGGCCAGUUUGAGUUCCUUUUAAGGAGAAAGGGAGAUGAAAACUGACCACACUCAAAUGGGAAGAGCGGGGAGCGGGAGGCUCCGGUCGGGACUCUCAGGGGAGAUAGCGGGAGGAAGAGGCCGGAGGCGGCGAACCCGGAGUCCGAAACGCAGGCCGGCCCACGGUAGAACCUUGCGGAAGAGUCCGCUCCGACCGACAGGAAUCAUGUUUUCCCCAAGCCCGGCAGGUGGAACUGUACAUACUUUGGGGCGACCUCGCCCUGAAGAGAACUCGUAGUUUUUACUGAAUUAUGUAAAUUUGGGCAGAUAUUUAAUUUCUAUGACCAAUCAUCGAAAUAGAAUGGAUGUUCAAUUUUUUAUGUCUCGAUCCGUUUGAACCUGUAAAUAGCCAUUGCCGGUGUGACUUUUGUUCAGCGAAGGAAUCGUUCCGUAUGAAGAAUUGAAGCGAUGACCGACGAGAGGAAUGCCCUGUACAUUUUUUAAAAAAAACAACAACCCGACAACCUUGUUUGUUUAAGGAAAAAAAAAAAAGUCUUGUAUAAAUUAUCAUUUUUAUUUAAAUAAACCUAAAACGCUUUGGGCUAACAAGUA